UUGCUAUUGAACGCACUCAAAGCUUCUAGUGUUGAGUUGAUGAAAAACAUCGAGUACGAUUCUUGGACAAAUUUGGUUAUGUCUAUUGUCCUCCAGUAAAAUGCGGAAUCUACUGGGAUAGAGAUAAUUCUGCGAGUAUAUUUCUCAGAUUUCUUGCGGGAUUGAUCAUUUCAAUGAUGUAAUCAGAUAUGGAACUUGUACUCAUGGUGUUUUUCUAAAACUAUGGAUCUACCAUCCAUAAUCCUAUCCAACCGGUUUUUGGAAUCUUAGGAUCUUAGAAUCUUAGGAAGCAGUUUUUGAAUAAGUUAUCCGGAGAGCGCGGAGAUGGCUGAAGUAGGUGCAGGCUCAGUCAAUCUGGAGUGGGUGCCGGUGGGUGGUGGUGAGGGAGAGGGGGGUGAGGCUGAGGGUGGGGCCCAGCGUGAGGUGAUCUGCGGCGACAGUGACUGGAUCGCCAUGGAGGAGGACGGCAACUCAAAGCAGGAGGUCCCCGUCGUCGAGGAGGUGAGCGUCGUCGAGGAAGUCAUCACCGACUCGACGCCCGGCGUCGUGCAGGACUUUGUCGAGAUCCAGGUCACCGAGGAGGAGGUGGUUGCCGGUGGCAUGUGGGACGGUGUACAGUCCGCUGUGGUUGUGGGCGAAACAAAAGACACAAAGCCGGAGGAUGACGUGGAGAUUCCCCUGCCCGAGAACCAGGACACGUACUCGCAGAUGCACCCCUACCCGUGCGACUUCUGCAGCCGGCGCUUCGCCAAGAAGUCUACCCUUAUGAACCACAUGAUCUCGCACCAGUCUGAACGGCCGCACGGCUGCAACCUGUGCGGCGCGCGCUAUCGCCGCAAGUGCGACCUCGUCAACCACAUGAAGAUUCAUGCGCUGGCGCCCAUUCGCAGCACAGUUGAUGAUGAAGAUGAAGAUGACAUUCCCCGCAUCAAUCAGGUCACUCUUUCUUCCUCCACUAAAUCCGAUACGAUUGACUAAGGAAUGUAGUAUCCC